UCACUCACCACAACCACCACCAAAAAAAAAGUUCCCUGAUCCCAUCAUCUUGCUGAAUCUCGAACAUCGUGCCAGCCAGCCAAGCCACAUAGCCAUGGGGAAACCAAAGCGCUCCGCCCUCCAGGCGGCCGAAGACACCCUGACCCCUCCCGCCACCCUGGAAAAGAACCAGGCCAUCGUGCGCGUCGUGAAAGCUGAGGGCAACAACCUGUAUGCCUGCGAGCUGCCCAACAAGAAGGACUUUGUCCUCGAGCUCGCCCAGCGCUUCCGCAACACCAUCUGGAUCAAGCGCGGCGGCUUCGUCUUGGCGGAGAGGUAUGAGGAGAAUGAUGGGCGCGUCAUGGGCGAGAUUAUCAAUGUUGUCCGCGACGAGAAGGCCUGGCGCAAGCAAGCUUACUGGCCCAAAGAGUUUGUAAAGACCAACACGUACGAAGACAGCGACGAAGAAGAGUCCAAUGUUGGCAAGAUGCCGCCAUCCGAUUCCGAGGACGACUACUGAUGCGAAAUGCGACUUUACUUUUACAUGACUUGAAUGAUCCCCCUGGUCAAACACAACCACCACCACCACCACCAC